CGGCGAAUAUCCUUACCUUGCCGACUUUUCCGGGACUCUGAGAACAGCUGUCUGAGCCAACAAUGGUGUUAAUCAAUCCUUGUCGGACAUGUCAAACUCUUUGCAACAAGUGUUCUCCGCAUCGCUCCUCAGCUCGGCUUGGAAAUUGGCGGAUCCAGAGAACCUCUACCCAGUCAUCCUGUACAAAGCCGAAGACUGCACCAGCGGAGACCCUACCAAUCUCAUGGAGAAAGGGAUCUCUUCUGACACCGGCUCCUGUCUCGUCAUCGGAUACACCUUCCGAGUCGUGGGGUACACGAAACAGAUCUGCGAGGGAUUGCCCACGGCGAACACCGGCCCCGAACCAUGCAAUGCAAACGUCUUCAAGAAGCUUCCUGGUUGGGAUGAGCUAACUGAGAAGACUGGCCUCGAUAAAGAUCAAAUUGUGUGGAGCUCGUGGCAGGCGUACCAAGCCAAUGGAAAUAAAAACGGAUACAGUAUUACCAACACGAUGGCUGGUGGCGCUUCUGCGUUUAGACAAGGGCCUACCACACCAGGACUUGUUCCAGAUCCCUAUCUGUGAGGCCGGCGCGGCGAGGGAUAGGUAUAUAAACUCUCCCGGUGCGGACCCAUGUGAUUAUGGAGGGUGGUAAUUGGGAUUAGUGGAACUGGCGAGCGCAAGGACCGUUUAUUGUUUUGAUCUAAAUCUCGGUAUAUGAAUUUUUCACAUUCUUACCUUCGCUUGGUGCAUCCUUUUUU